GAUACUGUGCUAGCGUCUUGCUGGGAGGAUAAAAUUUCAUCCUUCCGAUAUCUGAAAAGGAAAUUAUGCCAAACGAGCAUGAUAUGGAAAAGAUGGGAAAGCCAAGCUGAGAAACCCUAAAGAAAGAUUUGUCCUCCCCCCUCCUCUCUCUCUCUCUCUCUCUCUCUCUCUCUCAUAUAUCUGUCUUGUGCUUUGUGAGACAGUUUGGGCUCCUUUCUGUGUCUUCCUGAGUCUAUGUGUCUAAAGACGCCAUCUUUAUCCUGAUUUCCAUCUCUCUGUGUCUCUCUUCUCUGGUACUGAACAGAAGACUCAUUUUCUUGAUCUACCACCUCUUGUUAGUCAUCAUUGUUUCUGUGAAUCUUCCUCCUCCAUCACCAUCACAACGUUGUAAAAUGGGACGUGAAGAAAUAAAGGCGUAUCUGACGGCGAGGCCAACAGAAUGGUAUUUAGAAGAAAGGAAACGUAAAAGUAUUGAAGGGCAUGAAGGGAGAACUGAUAGGUACUACUGGAAUUAUUUGGAGAGAACAUUUUUCCGAUCUUUGAAGGAAGUUGAAAGGUACAUCGAAACAGGUGUUUUGCCAAAACCUCUGCCAAAGAUUAAGAAGCCAAGACUUGAAGCCAACAAUCAGAUGCAAGGCUUUUCCGCAGAUAACAGUAAGGGGAAACCUAGCCAAUCUCUCACCGCUUCCUCCUCCAUAUCCAGCGAACAGCUGCUGCUUAUGGCACCCGUUGCAGUCAAACCUCAGGAGAAAAGAAAACGACUUCCUACUGCAUAUAAUCUAUUUCUGAAGGAGGAAAUACAACGCGUUAAAGCCACCUAUCCGGAUAUACUUCACAAAGAAGCUUUCAAAAUAGCAGCAAAAAAUUGGGCUGCUCAAAACGUUCCUCCUGCUGGAUCAACGCCUGACAACAAUAAGAAUGGAAACAAGCUUAACGGCUCCGAAGAUGUUGAUGUUUGUGACGAGCCUGAUGCUGGAGCAGUAGUGGCAGCAGAGGUGAACACUAGCAAGGCUAGUAGUGGCUCCGAUGAUGAUACUGAAGAUGGUGAUGAGACUGUUGCCGAAGCAGUUGUGGCACCAGAGGCGAACACUAGUGAGGCUGGUAGUGGCUCUGAUGAUGAUGAUGAUGCUCGCUGGGAGGUACGUUACAGGGAAGGUUUCGGUGGACGCCGGAGAUGAAAGUAUUGCGACUUGAUAAUUGUAUUGACUUAGU